CCGCCCCGCCGACGCCGGGGAUCUCGCUGUCCCGCCCCUGCGGGGAGCUCAGACCGAAAGAUGGCGGCGGCCGCGGAGUUGACGCUGCUGGAGAAGUCCCUGGGGCUGAGCAAAGGGAACAAGUACAGCGCUCAGGGCGAGGGGCAGAUUCCAGUUCUUCAAACAAACAGUGGUCCAUGUCUGACAGGAUUGGCUACUAUAGCAGCUCAUCUAGUCAAGGAAGCCAACAAAGAAUAUUUGCUUGGGAGCACUGCAGAAGAAAAAGCAAUAGUUCAACAAUGGUUAGAAUACAGAGUAACUCAAGUAGAUGGAAACUCUAAGAAAGAUGAUAUCCGCAUUUUGUUGAAGGAUCUUAAUUCAUAUCUUGAAGACAAAGUCUAUCUUACAGGAUAUAACUUUACCUUAGCAGAUAUUGUUUUAUACUAUGGACUCCAUCGCUUCAUAAUAAUGAAAAUUGUCUAAGGUCACACAACCAGUAUCAAGGGUCUGGGAUUCAGACAAGUGUCUGGCUCAAACUUAACCUGUAAUCCACUUUAUUGGUGUACCAGUGACGUUCUGCUUAAUUUGUGAAGGUAAUUUUUAACCAACUUUAGAAAAAAGCUGCUUAGACAUUGAAUAAAAUGUGUGUGGGUGUCUGUGUGUGUGUGCCUGUGUCUGUGUCUGUGUAUGUGUAUCUUCAAGAAUAAAUGAGAUGGUUACACAACUCAAUGUACUAAAACCUACUGACUUGUACACUUGAAAUGGGUAAAUGUUUAUAAUAUGUGAAUUAUAGCACAAAGGCAGUGUUUUUAAAAGUGAGUGGAGUCAAAUACCUCAACCUCACCAAGUAUUAUGAGAUGUUGGAUAAGUCAGUGCACAUGAAAUCCCUCUUAAGAAAAAUAAAAGAUGACUGAUUUUAUGGUUUUUUAAUUUGCAGUGAUAGUGUAUAAACAUUACCUAGUGCAAUACCAAGCACACAGAAAGUGAUCAAUAAAGGAUCGAUUUUUUAAGGUCAAAUUUUUAAACUAAUUCUUUAGUUUUUUUCCCACCUAUCAUCCCUGAGGCACUUGCUCAGUGUAAGCCUAUCUAAGAUAAGAACUUGGCCGAGUAUCUUGCAGAUUUUGCUAAAGCAUUAAUUCGUCAAUUUGCUUACCAGUUUUAAAAUCUCUGGUCCCCACAUCUUUCAAGCUGUUGAAAAAUGGACCAUUGUAUUUUUCUUCUUUUCUAAAAUAUCAGUGACACUCCUUUGAAACAAAGUGGGGCCAUCUUUGUCCAUGUUAUUCCUUCUACAAAGUAGAUGCCCUUUUCUAAGCAUUUUCUUUCUAUAAUUCCCCAAAGCCUGCAGCACUGCUCAUUCAGUAAUACCUCAAUUAUUUAUUUAGCACCUACUAUGUAUCAGACACUGUGCUAGGCCCUGGAAAUAACACUACUACAUCUCGCCUUCAGAGAGUUCACAAUCCAGUAGUCUGUGAACAAAUUUCUAAAAUGGCAUGUAAAGCAUUCUUUGCAAGAUUAUCAGCCACUCAACAUUCUUUGAAAGUAAAUAAAUAGCCCUAACCGGUUUGGCUCAGUGGAUAGAGCA